AUGGAGCCCACUGGACCCGGAUGCCCGGAAAGCAGAGGGCAGCCAAAACAAGCAAGUUUGGAGGAUGCCAAGGCCUUUUAUGAAAACUGCUCUUCCAAAAAGAAACCCAAAUCACCAAAGCCGCAACACGCCAUCACCAUUGCUGUGUCCUCCCGAGCCCUGUUCCGCAUGGAAGAAGAGCAGAAGAUUUACACGGAGCAGGGUGUGGAGGCCUAUGUGAAGUAUCAGCUGGAGCACGAGGAGGAGCCCUUCCUGCCCGGAGCGGCUUUCCCUUUUGUCAAGGCUCUGGAAUCAGUCAAUAGCCAGCUGAGGGAACUGUUCCCAGAGAGCGAGGAACUUUUUGACAUUGUCCUUGUGACCAACAACCACGCACAAGUGGGUGUUCGCUUGAUCAACAGCAUCAAUCAUUACAAUCUCUUCAUUGAGAGGUUUUGUAUGACGGGCGGGAAUAGCCCUAUUUGCUACUUGAAGGCCUAUCACACCAACCUCUACUUAUCCUCGGAUUGCGAGAAAGUGAGUGAGGCCAUAGAAGAGGGGAUUGCAGCUGCCACUAUUUUCACCCCCAAGAAAGAGGUGCAAGUCUCAGAGAAGCAGCUUCGUGUCGCCUUUGAUGGAGAUGCUGUGCUGUUUUCUGAUGAGUCGGAGCAGAUCGUGAAGGCUCACGGCCUAGACAAGUUCUUCGAGCACGAGAAGACGUAUGAGAACAAGCCUCUUGCUCAGGGACCACUGAAGGGCUUCCUGGAAGUGCUGGGGAAGCUUCAGAAGAAGUUCUACACCAAAGGCCUUCGCCUGGAAUGCCCCAUCCGCACCUAUCUGGUCACGGCUCGAAGCGCUGCCAGUUCCGGGGCCCGAGCCCUAAAGACUCUCCGAAGCUGGGGACUAGAAACGGACGAAGCCCUCUUCCUGGCCGGCGCACCCAAAGGCCCCUUGCUGGAAAAGAUCCGACCUCAUAUCUUCUUUGAUGACCAGAUGUUUCAUGUGGAGGGAGCAAAGGAAAUGGGCACUGUCGCCGCCCAUGUUCCUUAUGGGGUUGCCCAGAAGUACAAGCUCUCAGCACAAAGAAAAGCGGCUCAGGACAGCAAGUAG